AUGUCGUUAUCAAAACCAGCCAGAAAACCUCGGUCAAAGACCAUUGAAAAAUUGGAAGAACUAGUCACGUGUGCUGUGUGUCAUGAAUUGCUAAACAACCCCAAAGUAUUUCCAUGUCUUCACUCAUAUUGUUAUGAAUGUAUCGUGAAACUUUCCGAGCGUGAAUGUGGCUUGGAGUGCCCAGAAUGUCGUGCUCCAGUGAAGGUGAGAUCAUUUUCUGACCAUUGCUCUGUUUCAGUCAGGGUCUUCUUUAAGAGAGAUGACAGAUGGUUGUUCAUGGAAACAAAAAGUUUGCUGUAGUUUCAUAUGUAAACGCGGCAUAUAUUUUAAAAACUUAUUAAUAAUUUAUGUCACGUGAAGAAGCUUUGUAAUUAUACCUGAUAAAACUCAUCUUCAUUAGUAUUCUUGAUCUGUAUUACGCACGGGAAAUUGGUACCGCUUUCUGAAAAAAGGUAUCAAUUUCCCGUGCGUAAUACAAAAUGACUAAAAAACGGCAAACUUCGCAGGGCUAUAUUAUCCGCAUUUUACAUUAGUUCCAUUAGUAUUCUUUAUGUAUAAGAUAUUAAUGAGACAGUAUCCAUUGUAGUCGUGUUUGAAGCUAUUCAAAACACUUGUGGUUGUGUUUUAUCAUAUUUUUAUAAGAAAAAACACUAUAUGUGUGAUGAAAAGAACUGGACCAUCACGUUAGAGAUAUCUUUUUUCAGGUAGUUCAGACACAAACCACUACAGCUUAUUGUAGAAUACUAUAACCUACACUGCACCUCCACGUUUGGAAUAUGUUUUUCAGAUAGUUCAGACACUGCAGCUUGUUGUAGAAUGCUUUCUUCACUGGACCCUGCAUUAUGAAUAUCUUUUUCGUGUAAUUCAAAUAAACCCAUAGCAGCUUAUUGUAGCCACUACCUUAACUGAUUGUCAAUCAGGCUAUAUUUUUGCUUACUGUUCCAAUCUUGUCAUUAUAAGUCUGUAUAACAUUGAUUCAUUUUAGCAGAUCGGUAAUCCACCUGAUCUUUCCAUCCUACCAACAAAUUUCUUCGCCAACAACGUUUUAGCAACACUGAGUUUGAGCGACAACGACGAUGCUCCAGUUUUGUUAUGCGACAACUGCGAAAAACCCGAGGAGCCUGUGGAAAAACGCUGCAAAGAUUGCUUGCAAUUCCUGUGCGCUGCAUGUGUCGAGUCUCACCAACGAUCACGCAAUACGAAGAACCACGUUCUACAGUCGAAAGACGAAUUGAAAAACAACGAACCGGCGGAGAACGCGAGGGCUGUGAAGUGUAGUAAACAUCAUGAAGUCAUUAAAUAUUACUGCGACACGUGUAAGGAAACGACUUGUGUAUCUUGUACUAUCCUUGACCACAAACAACACAACCUCCUUUCGCUGGAAGAAAGCGCCUUGAAUGCUAAAGAAGAAGUUGAGAACCUUUUGGAAAAAGUUAACGAAAGGGUGGAAAUAAUCUCUGCAGGAAUGGAGGUAGCUGUAGCAGAAAGCCAAGAUAUAACUGCCAGAGAAGAGGCGUGCAAGACCCAGAUUGAAGCGUUUUUCGCACAACUGCAAGCGAAAAUUGAUGCUGAAAAGCAAAAGAUGCUAGCAUUGACCGCAUCGACUGCAGAAUACCGAAGGAAUCAAGUCGAAGCACCGAAGAAGAUACUGGACCUCAUGCUAUCCAUGUGCCAUGGUGCGAAUUUUGCAAAGCGUACCCUUGAAAACGGAAACGACGUUCAACUUUUGAACAUAAAGCCAACCAUCACACAGUAUCUGGUUAACUUAAAAAACAUGGAAGAUGAAUUCACCCCCAAAGUAGGAAACCCGGUUCGAUUUUUGAAAAGCGAAUCUUCAAUUGAGUUAUGUCUACAGUUAAUCAGAGACAUAUGUUCUGUCGAAGAGGUAGCUGUCUGCCCUGAAAAGUGCGAAGCGAAGUUUCUAGAUCCGACGCUUAAAGUCGGCAAGAAAUCGGUGAUUGUUAUAACAUGCAAGGACAAGGACGGUUGGAUUAUAGGCUCGGGUUGUGAGAAAGAUCUAAUUCAGCCGACAUUCACUGGUAUGCAGGUACAAGAUACCGAAAUAUCGGAAAACCAAGAUGGCACUCAUGAGAUUUCAUUUGUGGUAAAUGAGCUAGGCACCCUCCAGUUUGAAGCGAAGAUCGAUGGCGUUGUGGCCCCAACUUGUUCUCUUGAAGCAGAAGUGAAAUGGGAGCUAAGCGAUGUUCAUGGCAGCGGGAAUUUAGUACGAAUGAACGGGCAAAUGGUCAACUGCAUGUCAGGAGAGGGUUAUGUGGGGAAGUAUUGUUUCAGGCUGGGGGAUACACUUUUGACGACAGGUAUUGUAAAACAUUUUAAGGAUAGUUUCUACAUUGCAUCCUUUGAAACACGGGGGGUGGGGGCAAUUGCCACAGUUGCAAGAACUUCCCAUCUUGUGGCCGAUUAAAAAGGUGGUUAAAGUUAGUUAAAAUUAGUGCGAAAAUUAACGAAUCAAAAUCGCGUAUUUUGGAGUUAACUACUAUUCAACUAGGAACUCUUGAUUUCAGGAACACAUCACUGGAAGGUCGAAGUCAGCCAUGUGGUAGAAGGCGCAGAAGAGUGUUUUCACGAUGCAGAAGGUCCAACAUUUGGAGUUGGUGUCAUUGAAGCUUGUGAUGAUUAUUCCGAGGCCAGUAUCGUGCAUGAAGUUACGAAGAACUGGGUUUACUCUGGACGGGCGAAAAAAAUUACCAAUGUCGUUUUGAAUCUUGAUAUGGAGAAAAAAUCUUUAGAAAUUUUGCCUGGAAGAAAAGGUUUGGUUGCUACGCCGAAGUCUAGGAAAGCGUUUCAUGUGAAGGCUGAUGUGGUGUUUCCGUUUUUCUCUGUGAACUGCCCGCACUGCAGUCUUAUUGUACAUAUUCUAAAAUGA